UCUCUGGCCCCAGUACCUAGGCUCUGUUCUGGAAGACACCCAGGAAGGGCUCAAGCCUCAGUCUAAACUCGGGAGUAGUGGCUGGAACGUGUGAGGAGUAAAAGUCCCUCGCAAUUUCCGACUGUUGGAAGAACUCGAAGAAGGCCAGAAGGGAGUAGGCGAUGGCACAGUUAGCUGGGGUCUAGAAGAUGACGAAGACAUGACACUUACACGAUGGACAGGCAUGAUAAUUGGGCCUCCAAGAACAAUUUAUGAAAACCGAAUAUACAGCCUUAAAAUAGAAUGUGGACCUAAAUACCCAGAAGCACCCCCCUUUGUAAGAUUUGUAACAAAAAUUAAUAUGAAUGGAGUUAAUAGUUCUAAUGGAGUGGUGGACCCAAGAGCCAUAUCAGUGCUAGCGAAAUGGCAGAAUUCAUAUAGUAUCAAAGUUGUCCUGCAGGAGCUUCGGCGCCUAAUGAUGUCUAAAGAAAAUAUGAAACUCCCUCAGCCACCUGAAGGACAGUGUUACAGCAACUAAUCAACAAGAAAGCCACAGGCCCGCCCCUCCCCCACUCGAUUUAAGCAGUCUUCAUUUUCCACAGUCGUACAUUUUCUAGAUACGUCUUGUAGACCUCAAAGUACUGGAAAGGA